UGCACUCGUAUGCAUACUUAGUUUAGGGCGGCAUUUCUUCUCUUUCUCUCAACUGUGUUUGACCUUUCUGUGCUCAGGAGUUUCCACGACUCCAUUUCGUAUUUUGAGCUAAUAAGUUAUUUGAAUAUAUUUGAUAUCUAAUAAUAAUAAGUAAAGUCAUGUCAUUUAAUCGAGGGAUAAAACGUGAUUCCUUUGGAAAUCGCAAUUUCAACAAUAGAAACAUGGGUGGUGGUGGUGGAGGAAGAAUUGGAAAUCUUAGUGGCGGAAUGGGAAGCAGUGGUGGUGGUACUGGAGGAGGUAUGAAUCCAUGGGAGAGUGGAAUGAUGCCUGGUCGUGGAAUUUUGCCAACUCCCAACAAUAAUCUUUCCCUUGCUUCGCCACAAGCCCAAUUAGCUAUUGCUAGUAACCUUCUUUCAAAUCUUCUGAGAAACCAGCAAGAUCCUCCACAACAGAAGGUACCAUCACUACUCAGCUUGAGUAAUAAUUAUAGUGGUCCAGGUCCUAAUUUCUCUAACCAACAGAGCUUUAAUCAAGGUCGUUUCAAUGACCGAGCUGGUCGUCAUAAUAUUAAAAAUCAACGACUUCAACCAUAUAACAAAAUGGGCAAUCGAGCCCGAGACGGCAUUGUUGGGCGACGUGGCCCGCAAUCUCGUACGCCCCAGUCAGGCAACCAACGCCAGAAUGGAAGCCAAAAUCAGCGGAACGAUAAGUCUUCUAAAGCAAAUACUGCCUCUAAGAAAAAUCCGACCAUCAAAAAGGAACAGCAGGAUAAGACCUCUGAUAAGACCAAUGAAAAAGCUGAAGUGCCUGUUGCUUUAAGCGAAGAGAAUGAAGAAACUGAAGAAUCUAAGAAACGUGAAUGGAAAGAUGAGAAAAAAGAACUUGCAAAUGAUAAAACUGAUGAUUCCAUAAAGAUUGAAGAUGUUGCAGUUGACAAGGACGAGUCACUAGGAGACAAAGGCACUGGUAAAAAAUCUGCCGCUAGACACGCAGAAAGUCGUUAUGCAGAUGUUCCAAUUAGUAACAUGUUUUGUCAUGUUUGCAAUAAAUACAUGUGGGAUGGAAACUCGUUCGAAAAUCAUCUUCGUGGUCGUGCCCAUCAGCUAAUGAUGGAUAAACUUGAUGAAUCUUAUAAACUAAAAGUAGAAUUGAUGAGACAUGAAUUAAGAGUUGCUGAAGAACAACGUGAACUCAGUCUUACUAAUUCAAAACGACGUGGUAAAAAACUAUCGGUAGAUUUGAGUGUUAGAGAAUAUUGUACCAUGUGCGAUUUAAAUUUUUACGGCACUCUUUCAAGUCAUCGUAAAAGCGAAAAACAUCAACAGCUAAAAACAUUUUUACAUCCCCGUUGUUUUCCAUGUGCUAAGGAAUUUCCUUCUAGAAUUGAAUACGACGAGCAUUGUCUCACACCAACACACAUGAAAAAUGCUGUUCAAAACGAAGAACAAAGGAAAAAUAAAAAAAAAGAUAAACUUGCAAAAGGAGAGUCUGAAAUUCGAAAUGCAGAAGAUGAAGAAAAAGAUAUUGGUAUAGAUAUGAAAAAUGAUAAAUUAGACGAUUCUGCUACAGAUGCUUCAGAUUAUGUAACAGAAAUUCCUGAUGAACCAAUUGAUGCAAAAUUGAAAAUUCCAUCAUAUAAGCAUUGCAGAACACAUCAAUUGUCUAUUGGCAAAUCUUUAGUAAAGGAAGUCAAUGGUUAUCAUUGUGAAAGAUGUCGACGAUUUAUGCUUACAGAAGAAGAUAUGACUGCUCAUCUUCGCAGUAUUACUCAUUAUCGUAAUUUUAUUCAGGAAAUAAAAACUUUACAAGCUGCUGCUGAAGUUAUUGCUAAAACAGAACAAGAAAAUAAAGAGGUUAAUAAUCCAGACGAAAUACAACGUAAUGAUGAACCUGAUACAAAACGUGUAAAACUCGAAGAAAGUGUAAUUUUAAAGAAUGAGAACGAAGAUACUUCAACUAAUGAAAUUGAAGAAAAACAUGAAGAUGAGGAUGAUAAAUAUGAUCCAGAAGAAGUAAAUGAUGAAACAGACGAAGAAAUUAUUGAAGAUGAAAAUCAAGAUUGUCCAAAUGAUGAAUCUAAUGAAAUAUCAUUAACUGAAUGUGAUGAUAAUAUAUUAGAAGAGUGCAAUGAAAAUGAAAACGAUGAUAAAGAUGACUUAUCUCAAAAAAAUAUACAAAUUAGCUCACGAACUACCCAGCGCAAUGUUUAUAAUCAACGAGCACGUGGCAAUCGUGCUAGAAGAUCUCGUAGAUAAGAUGUACAUUUUAUAAAAAUUAAAAAAAAAAAUGUAUGUCAAUUUUAAAACUAAAUAUUUAAAGUUU